AUGAAGACCGUGGGCCGGAAUGUUACUCGUUCAUUGAGCAAUGCAAAGAACCAGACCAAGAACCUUGUACGCAAUCCAAGUUUGGCUUUGCGCGGCAAAAAGGAAGGAAAGCGGCAGCGCCAGACUCCCGAGCGAACGUCGGGCACCCGAACUCCCACCAGAGUCUAUCCCAACGAACCGGCGACGGGCCGUGAAACCCCUUUCAGCGACAAAGAGAACGUCGCCACGGGCAUCGACGAGCGCUCGCGCCAGCAAUCUUGCCAGAGAACACACAACCCUCUGUCCGAAGUGCAGGAGCGUGUACCAAGUGCUACAGCCCAGAAGUCGCAAGGUCAUGAACGUUCCAAGAGUGGCGGUUCAGGUCAGGCCUUGGACAAGACCAAAAAGCGUUUUUCCGCGAGCCAUCUCGUCAAGCGUCGGUCUGAGGCCGAAUUUACGAAGCGCUCUUCUGCCGAUCAGAUUGAGAAGCGCCGGUCCGUGGGCAAUCUCACUGAGCUCCUGUCUGAAGGUCCCGAGAACGCACCAAUCGAUUUAGGACACCGAUUCUCGGUGGCUCUGCGUCCUCGAAAGGUCUGA